AUGUCGGGAGGAGGAGAUUCGAAACCAGUUGAGAAAAAGAAAGACGAGAAGAAGGGAUUCGACACUCGCAAAUUCUUGAUCGAUCUCGCCUCGGGAGGAACUGCUGCUGCUGUCUCCAAGACGGCCGUUGCUCCAAUCGAACGUGUCAAGCUGCUCCUUCAAGUUCAAGAUGCUUCGCAAACCAUCACUGCCGAUAAACGCUACAAGGGAAUCGUCGAUGUGCUUGUUCGUGUGCCAAAGGAACAAGGAUAUGCUGCUCUCUGGAGAGGAAACUUGGCCAACGUCAUCCGUUACUUCCCGACCCAGGCGUUGAACUUUGCCUUCAAGGAUACCUACAAGAACAUGUUCCAGAAGGGAUUGGACAAGAAGAAGGACUUCUGGAAGUUCUUCGCUGGAAACCUUGCUUCUGGUGGAGCAGCUGGAGCUACUUCUCUUUGUUUCGUCUACCCAUUGGACUUCGCUCGUACCCGUUUGGCUGCUGACGUCGGAAAAGGAAAUGAGCGCGAGUUCAAGGGUCUAGCGGACUGUCUCGUCAAGAUUGCCAAAUCUGAUGGACCAAUCGGUCUUUACAGCUCAAACUUUUCCAGAGGAUUCUUCGUGUCCGUUCAAGGAAUCAUAAUUUACCGUGCAGCAUAUUUCGGAAUGUUCGACACGGCUAAGAUGGUGUUCACUUCCGACGGAAAGAAGCUCAACUUCUUCGCCGCUUGGGCUAUCGCUCAAGUCGUCACAGUUGGAUCUGGAAUCCUCUCGUAUCCAUGGGACACUGUUCGUCGUCGCAUGAUGAUGCAGUCUGGACGCAAAGACGUCCUUUACAAGAACACUCUGGACUGUGCCGUCAAGAUCAUCAAAAACGAAGGAAUGUCGGCAAUGUUCAAGGGAGCCUUGUCCAAUGUGUUCCGUGGAACUGGAGGUGCUCUUGUGCUCGCCAUCUACGACGAAAUUCAAAAGUUUAUCUAA